GGCAGUGAGGGGCAAGGUCACAUUCUCCAGCGCUUUCCUGAGAAGGACUGGGAGGACAAUCCCUUUCCACAAGGCAUCGAACUGGUAUGUAACUAACAUAACUCUCACACACAAAUGCACAAUAGCCUACAUAUUUACCCGAUACUACAUGCAUCAUCCAUACCUGUAGAAAGGCUGCAUCAUGAAGGGAUCAACAUAACCCAGAAUCAUUUACUGUUAAUGUGUAUUUAUUGUCUCCCAAAUAACCCUUAUUCCAAUAUUGAUUACCUAAUUAUUGUCUGUGUUUUGCCAGAGUCAAUAUUGAAGAAUUCCUAAGUGUUCAUUAUGUUUUACAAGAUUAAUGCCUACAGCACAAUGUGUUCAAUGGUUAUUCCUUGGCUUGCUUCUAGCCUAUUUCUCACCCUGAUUCAAAAUAGUGGUGUAAGGUUAAUAAUUUCUGACACGUGGAAAGUUUUCUUAACUUGGUGUAGCCUAGUGGUGGAAAAUAACUAAAUGAUAGGCUAGAGAUCAGAAGUGAGUCACAGAGAGAUGAAGAGUAGGGACAUGUGAUAUACCACACUGGGACAUGGCACACUAAUACUGUAUGUUCCUCUCCUGUCAUCACUCUCUCGUGCUUCCUCAUCAAUCUCUCCCUUCUCUCCUUCUAUCCCUUUCACCUCAUUCCCUUUUCCCUACUUCUUCCCUUCUUUCUCCACCCCUGCCCCCUUGACCCAUUUUCUGUCGACCUCACCCUCCCUCGCUCCUCUUCUCUCUCCCUCUCUCCUUUUCUCUCUCAGUUCUGUCAGCCCAACGGAUGGCAGUUAGUUCCAGAGAGGGAGCGUCCGUCGUUCUUCGUGUCGGUUCUGACCGACAUCAACUCAGAGCGUCACUACUGUGCCUGUUUCACAUUCUGGGAGGGCCUGGACAACCCUCAGGUGAGAGACUGGCCACGCUGCUCCUCACACACUGAGCCAAUGUCAUUAUGAACCAAUAACAGUGUCCUUACAGCAGUACUGUGUAGCUACUGUGUGCCAACAUGUUACACUGGCAUCAAAGUUGUGGAAAUUAGGCGAUCUGUAUGUGUAUGUGACGUCUGUGAUAUGACGUUAGAUCUUUAAUGAUACAACAAUAGAACAUUUGCACAAAGUAAGCUAUGUUCUGUAAACGGUUUGAUCUUCUGUCUCUCCCUGUGUGUGUGUAGCUACAGAAGGCUGAGGCCAGUGAGGUGGAUGAGGACGAGGUCCCAGGGCUGGUCCAGCCGGCUCAGGUCUUCGCCCCCAAGAGCCUGGUGCUGGUGUCCCGUCUGGACCACACAGAGGUCUUCAGGGUACGACGCACCUCAAAGCACUACUGCAUGUCUCUGUCCGAUACUCCAAUUGCACAUCUCAUCUCUGUUUCUUGUUACAACAAAGAGUGUUUGAGACAAAACUCUAGGCUUGGUUUGGAUGUAUUUUUCUUUAGGUAGUAGAUGUGUUCUUCACCAAAAUAACCCCCAUUUGUGUCAUUUCACUAAAAGUCAAGGAAAGUGUGUGCUUGUCUUCUGACUGUGUGCCUCCCCUGUGCAGAACUGUUUGGGGCUCAUCUACACCGUGCACGUGGACAGCCUCAGCGUUCCCUUGGAAACAGUGAUCGGAAACCUCCUAACCUGCGUCAUCCCCGUUGCUGGUGGUUCUCAGGUAAACACACCUCCUUUCACCAUGCAUACCGACUUGUACGUACUCUCCUGGGCUGUGCAACCCUCCCAACCAGCUAGCCUAUUAGCUUGUUAGCCCCAUCCAACCUGCUAGCAUAUUAGCUUAGCAUGUUGGCUGAUGCAGACUGCUAGCACAUUAUCUUAACCAACCUGUUAGCAUUGUAGCUUAGCAUUAGCGGGUGUGCAAUGCUAACCCACAGUGCUGAGUCAAUGACCGGGUCCUCAGCACAGAGGAGAUGGCAGCAUAGUAACCUACACACCACAGGAGGUUGGUGGCACCUUAAUUGGGGAGGACGAGCUCGUGGUAAUGACUGGAGCGGAAUCAGUGGAAUGGUAUCAAAACAUCAAACAUGGUUUCCAUGUGUUUGAUGCCAUUCCAUUAGCUCCAUUCCAGCCAUUAUUAUGAGCCGUCCUCCCCUCAGCAGCCUCCACUGUAACACACUAUGUAUAGGAAUAGCUACUUAGCUCUUGUAUUCACCCUAUGUGCACAAUUUAAACUUACUGUUAGUCUCAAACUAAUUCAAUGAUGCUACAGCAUAAAGCAGUGUAACAUACAGUAAACUAGUAUACUAAAUUGUGCACUUCUAGUAUAUUGGGCCUAUACGUACAUUUCUGUACAUUUUGUUCCCUUGUGUAACAUGCAAUUGAACCCCGCUGUACAUUGGUUCCUCCUGUGUGUUACAGAUAAAUGAAUCCCCAGUAUGUAGUUUAAAUCUUUCGGUUCCUCAGGCCCUAGCCUGUGACUGGCUACUGGGCUGCUUUCAGGACCAGGUAACAUCACCUUCCGGCAGCUUCUUACCAAUCCGCUUGCCUCAUUGUGAUUUUAUCUGUUUAGAUAAACAUGACGAUUCUAAAAAGUAUGUUUGUAUUUCCUAUAAUCAUCUCAAACCAUGCUGAUUAAUAUGCAGUUUGCACUAGUCUGCUUUUGUGGGAUCCUGCAUAUUCCAUGCUACAUUAACCUGUCAAUAAUUUUGAUCAUUUGAGACCUUUUUAAAGUCAAUGUAUUGUUUUGAUUCUGUGUGCCGUUGUUUGUUAUGGAUUGAUCUGAUGUGGUUGCCAUUAUUGAUCUGUUAUAGAAGUGCAUAGACUUUUCACUUGGUGAGGAACACACUCACACACAACACACACACACACACACACACACACUGGUUCUCUGAGGGUGACCAUAUGGGGCACCAGAUGGCCUCAUAGCAGGCAGUGCAGUGGUCUGAAUGAGAGACAGGACUAAUCAGCAUUAACACACACACACUCACACACACAUCUUGCAAACAAAAAUAAACAUACACUUGACUUACACAGAUCUUCAGGCAUUGGAUAGUAUAGCGCAGAGCGUUUUGUAAUCUAACGGUGCAUGAAAAGCUAUGCUAGGUGUUUGUUACGUGUAAUAGCAGGUCAAAUGUCAAACUUCUAAUGACACAGGCCUUUCUAUUAGACUCAGGUCUAAUGUUGGAGUUGCUAGGACUCUCCCCAGUCAUGCCACGUCAACCCAACAUGCAUUGCAACACAUCCCCUUUACUACUGGAACUGGCAAUUAUCUCAACUGUCAGAUACGCACUCCUGGCAUACAGAGCAGCAACCUUUAGCCCAAUUACUGUACUCUGGACUAUAAACGAGUCUAAUAUGGAACCUGCCUGAACGUUUGUGUGAAUGCGCCUGCCUGUGUGAUUGCACAGACAGACAGUCAUUUACAAUGAUCUAUUCAGUCUCCACAGUGACUUCCAGUUACCAGCCCAAGGACGUUCUGUCAAUGGGCCAAGCUCCAUAAAUAACGUGUUUAUUUGAUGUCCUGAAAUAUUAACUGUAAAACAUGAACUAAGCAAAUGUACCUUUUUAAAGUAACUUCACUGAAAAAUGCCAAAGUUACACAAGUAUACAUUUUAAUUCCUCAGUUAUUUCACCCCCGAAGUCAUGAACACCUCGUCUGACUAAUUCGCCCAUUUGAUGUAUGUACUGAGCUGUGGGAGCUUUCAUUUUAUGACAGCUGGUUUGACUCUGUGCCUUAUGUUAAUGUUGCCACAUUCUCAGGUCAUAAUGCCACGCUGUUACCGUCUGUGUAUAUUUGUAAUGUCAUGUUAAUGUUUUAUUGUCAUUAUUUUGUCAUGUUUUUGUUUGGAUCCUGUUGUGUCUAAUCCGUGUGUUCUCCUAUGGUGUUUCUAUCUCUCUCUCUCUCUCUCUCUCUCUGUGGGGUGCUUGACUUGUGUAGCCGGGCCAGGAAGAGAGAGAGGAGAGCUUGGUACGCCACCUGACCUACUUUAUUCUCCUCUCAACCAAUCAGCUCCUAGCUUUCCCUAGUUCUGUCGGAAUCCUCCUAUGUCUGUGUAUUUCACCUACCUCUCUCUAAGCCCAUCCUCCUCUCCUCCUCUGCCAGUCAAAACGCAGACCUCUCAAGGGAAAACCAAUCUUAUCACUUUGAUAAGGCUCAAUCUGUGACCCAAUGGCUGAUCAUUUCACAAAACUGUUAUUGGUAGCCGGGAAAAAUUCAAGGAUAUCUAAUUGAUUGUUGACCAGACGAGUGACGGUGAAAUGGUGAUCAGUUGGGUCACUGCGUUGAUGUCUCAACAGCUCUCCCAUUGCUGCUGCUGUAGAAAGCAUGGCUAACGCCAACCUUUCCUUUCCAGCUAUACACAUAUACCUGGGCCCUGUAUUUUAAGUACUUUGAGAUGAAGAUUUGGCUACAUUAGAUUCCUGCUUCUAGAAUUUGUAAAUACAUGUGUAUAGAACUACCUGGAAGUACUUAAAAUACUUAGUAUUCCUACCUGAUGUGGUAUACAGCCUCUGUAGGCAGAUCCAGUUGUUUCUGUGUAUUCUAUUGUAUUACUAUGUGAUGUCUGUCCUAGAGGCUGCCGUGGUUGGGUUUCUAUGUGGUGUAUUGGAUGCUUUCUUUGACCUUGUGCUACCUGUCCUGUAUGCAACUCUAUGCUAUCUGUCUUCAUUUGCAGCCAAGACUCACUGUAAUAAUCAUGCUGUGCAAAUUAUGCCUUAACUCAUGUGGACUAACAGGCUUUUUCGGUCUUGCAAAUACUUAAAAAUCCAAAACAGUCAUUGAAAUUGCAUGCAACAUAAAGAUCACACUUACAAAUUAUGGCAACGUAUAUCUUACAAUAACUACUACAACUCUCUUGAGCUAUAAAUGUAAUGUAUGUGCUGCAAUGUGAAGUUUACAUGACUAAGAUCAGAUGUUUCAUGAAUGUUACAAUCAACAACAAAAAAUCUAAAUCAUUCUGUCUUUCACUUCCCUUCCCUCUGCGUCACAUGGCCGUAAGAACUAUCCAGUAACGCUAAACCAAUAAGACAUGAUUAAACCAACACAUUUCAAAUGUUAAGACCCCCCAACAUCAAUCAAACAUAUGAACUCUGCCCUUUCCAUACUUACUCAAAAUGCAAUGGAAAUGUCCCUGUAUGGACAAUCUGGCAUGUCGUUGGUAUUUGACUCCCAUAAGGUCCAUUUAAUAUAGUGGGCUGAUUGAAUCUGGUAAGACCCAUUGCUAUGGGGCUCUCAGUUCAGCAUAGGUCAGUUCUCUCCUGUUCAGCUGUGAAUGGCCGGUGACUGUGUAGUUCUAAUGUACCUGCUAAACCCCUGUGAUUCUCUCCAUCUCUGAUUUCUCCUCUCCUCUAUACACUCCAACCCUCUGUGAUUGUGCUGAAGUGUAGUUGCUAAUCCCAAUUUUUUCAAGGAAGGGCGUUCACACCAUCUGUUCUCUUUUUCCAUGCGUCCCCCUCUUUCUCUCUCUCUCUCUAUAGAGGACUAUAACGUUGGGUGCGGGCGAUCGACAGGUCAUCCAGACGCCCAUCAACGACUCCCUCCCUGUCAGCGGCAGCAGCGUAGCCCAUCUCUUUAGACAGCUUGGUACGGCAAAUCACAACGCAGUCUACUCAGCCCUGGACCAAUGGGGCACCUUAUGAUUAGUGACAUGGACCAAUCGCAGAGUCCAAUGUUCUCUCACCUUGAAGAUUGCCCUUUGAGAGAGAACCUUCACCAGUUGUUUAAUUGCUUGAUGAAUGCAAAUCAUAGGCCUAUAUUUGAUAUGAGUUAGGAGAAAAGGCCAAAUACGCCUACAUGUAUAUAGUAGAGUUCUACAGUGAGGGGAAAAAGUAUUUGAUCCCCUGCUGAUUUUGUACGUUUGCCCACUGACAAAGAAAUGAUCAGUCUAUAAUUUUAAUGGUAGGUUUAUUUGAACAGUGAGAGACAGAAUAACAACAAAAAAAUCCAGAAAAACGCAUGUCAAAAAUGUUAUAAAUUGAUUUGUAUUUUAAUGAGGGAAAGAAGUAUUUGACCCCUCUGCAAAACAUGACUUAGUACUUGGUGGCAAAACCCUUGUUGGCAAUCACAGAGGUCAGACGUUUCUUGUAGUUGGCCACCAGGUUUGCACACAUCUCAGGAGGGAUUUUGUCCCACUCCUCUUUGCAGAUCUUCUCCAAGUCAUUAAGGUUUCGAGGCUGACGUUUGGCAACUCGAACCUUCAGCUCCCUCCACAGAUUUUCAAUGGGAUUAAGGUCUGGAGACUGGCUAGGCCACUCCAGGAGCUUAAUGUGCUUCUUAUUGAGCCACUCCUUUGUUUCCUUGGCCGUGUGUUUUGGGUCAUUGUCAUGCUGGAAUACCCAUCCACGACCCAUUUUCAAUGCCCUGGCUGAGGGAAGGAGGUUCUCACCCAAGAUUUGACGGUACAUGGGCCCGUCCAUCGUCCCUAUGAUGCGGUGAAGUUAUCCUGUCCCCUUAGCAGAAAAACACCCCCAAAGCAUAAUGUUUCCACCUCCAUGUUUGACGGUGGGGAUGGUGUUCUUGGGGUCAUAGGCAGCAUUCCUCCUCCUCCAAACACGGCGAGUUGAGUUGAUGCCAAAGAGCUCAAUUUUGGUCUCAUCUGACCACAACACUUUCACCCAGUUCUCCUCUGAAUCAUUCAGAUGUUCAUUGGCAAACUUCAGACGGGCAUGUAUAUGUGCUUUCUUGAGCAGGGGGACCUUGCGGGCGCUGCAGGAUUUCAGUCCUUCACGGCGUAGUGUGUUACCAAUUGUUUUCUUGGUGACUAUGGUCCCAGCUGCCUUGAGAUCAUUGACAAUAUCCUCCCGUGUAGUUCUGGGCUGAUUCCUCACCGUUCUCAUGAUCAUUGCAACUCCACGAGGUGAGAUCUUGCAUGGAGCCCCAGGCCGAGGGAGAUUGACAGUUAUUUUGUGUUUCUUCCAUUUGCGAAUAAUCGCACCAACUGUUGUCACCUUCUCACCAAGCUGCUUAGCGAUGGUCUUGUAGCCCAUUCCAGCCUUGUGUAGGUCUACAAUCUUGUCCCUGACAUCCUUGGAGAGCUCUUUGGUCUUGGCCAUGGUGGAGAGUUUGGAAUCUGAUUGAUUGAUUGCUUCUGUGGACAUUUGUCUUUUUAUACAGGUAACAAACUGAGAUUAGGAGCACUCCCUUUUAAGAGUGUGCUCCUAAUCUCAGCUCGUUACCUGUAUAAAAGACACCUGGGAGCCAGAAAUCUUUCUGAUUGAGAGGGGGUCAAAUACUUAUUUCCCUCAUUAAAAUGCAAAUCAAUUUAUAACAUUUUUGUCAUGCGUUGUUCUGGAUUUUUUUGUUGUUAUUCUGUCUCUCACUGUUCAAAUAAAUCUACCAUUAAAAUGAUAGACUGAUCAUUUCUUUGUCAGUGGGCAAACGUACAAAAUCAGCAGGGGAUCAAAUACUUUUUUCCCUCACUGUAUCUUUUAUGCCUUCAUGUUUGAUCAUUUGUUAGAACUUACAUUUGAUGAUCUUUACAAUCCACACAGUCAGUCUUUCCCUGCAGGUAAAGUGAAUACUGUACCUCUGUUAUGUUGUCUCUCUCAGGUAUAGUGAACGUUCUGUAUCUGUUCUGUGCUGCUCUGACGGAACACAAGAUCCUGUUCCUGUCCAGCAGCUACCAGAGACUUACAGACGCCUGCAGAGCACUACUGGCCAUCAUGUUCCCCCUCAAAUACAGGUAGGUGUGUGACUGUGUGUGCAUGACUGUGUGAGUGUGUGCGUGACGGUGUGUGUGUGUGUGUGGUUGUUUUUGUAUGUGUUUUUCAUUGUAAAAUACAUUCAUAGGUGUCUUAAUGUAGUGAAUUUACAGGGAUUUGAUUAACAAGAUAGUGGUCUGUUAGUUUGGGGAAUUUUAUGAUUUCCUCACACUUAUCAUAUCGUCUCCUAAUCUGAUUCCUGGUCAAUCUGAUGCCCUCUUGUUUCCCUCCCGUCAGUUUUACGUACGUCCCCAUCCUGCCAGGGAAACUCUUGGAGGUGCUGAGCACACCCACGCCUUUCAUCAUCGGGGUCAAUUCUUUCUUCCGUUCCGAGACCCAGGAACUGGUGGGUAGCAUGACCGUAUGUCCCAAUCUACAAUACUUCUUUUGAUUUUAUUUUCUAUAUAAUGUUUAUAUAGUCUCGUCGGUCUAUGCAUCUGUAAAGCCUAUCUGAUGACAGUAAAGACCUUCUUCAUUCUGUGUUGCCCCCCCCAUACUUUGACAGACUGUAGUACGAUCUUGAUUACUAGAUAUAAUGUGUUUGUCAGUUCUCUGGGCCCCCUUUCCUUAUCUAUAAUUAAUCUCACUCCACAACCCAGACCUCCUGUGUUCUAGCAAUCGGAAACCUCUGUUGCCUUAGAUUCCUCUCAGCACUAACACAACGGUCUUUGUAAACCGUGCCAAGGUAUACCUGACAUGUAAAUUAAAUAUAUUUUCUUCCAUAUUCCGUGGAAUGUUGGAUGACUUUGAAAGAGUUUCCUGUUAUUAAGGACAAACUAAUGAUUUAAGAUGAAUAAUACUAAUAAUACAGUUUGUAUAUCGCUUUUCAUUAGUUAUCUCAAAGCUCUGAGGAUUUUUUUUAUAAAUUAUAUACAAUAUAAACAACAUACAUUUAGAAUCAAGGCAGGUGAAAUGGCAACAGUGGGCUAGGUGCUAAAUACAUUUCAAAUUGGGACUAGGACUAUGAAAAGACAGUCAUUAGUCUGUUUCUGGGGUCUAGGUUAGUGUGCAUUAAACUACAUGUGGUCCCUCGCCAUGCUUUGUUAUGUAAUGACUUUAACAACGGACUGCCUGUCUGUAUAAUAUAGUAUACUAUACAGUCACAUGGCUUCGAUAGAUCGAUUGAUGAUGGAGUGUAAGGGGUCAGGAGUGAGAGGUUAUCGCCUUGGCAACCCCAACUGCCUGUUAAAAGGUACAUUUCACUGCUGCAGUAGGUAAAGUGCUGUAAUGAACAGCUGUUGACAAAGUGUUUGUGUGUGUCUGUGGCGCUGUCAGUCACUACCGUUAUCAUUCAGCAAACUUAGCGUCAUCUACAGAAUGCAGUAUAGUGCUUUCUUAUGAGAUCUAUCAAAGAUAUCGUACUGACUGAGCCGCUCUUGUGUGUUGUGUUCUACAGUUGGACGUGAUCAUCGCUGACCUGGACGGAGGCACGGUGACCAUCCCUGAGUGUGUCCACAUCUCCCUGCUCCCCGACCCCCUCCUCCAGCAGACCCAGACCGCCCUCUCCAUGGUAACCACCAUGACAACAACACUCCCACCCUUCAGACUUCUACACCUUCACUUCAUACAGCUACAUCAGCGUCACCAAUACCAAUACAACACUACCACAUUAACCUGAACCAUGUACAGCUAUAGUCGUUUAACAACAGCACAACACUGAGACUUUGAUCUACUACUUCCACACCAACUGAACCAACUCUUUGCCAGCACAAUCUGGAAAUUCAUCUUCUCAUCUGUAGUUAUUGUUCAAAUAAGAUCCAUGUUAUGUAAAACGAAUCAGAUUUCCUGACUGGGCCUGCUUAUCAUUGGUAUCUGCUGGCUGGUUUAUGUUUUUGUUUGCAUGUUCCUACGUGGAGUAGAGGAGAGCCAUGCCAUAGCUUUCCCAUCAAUAGCUACAGCUGACAAAUAGCAGGAGAUGUUAUUUAUUGAAUGACUCAUUUGAUAUUGUAAGCAAUCAUGUGUUUGUGGGAAAUUCCAUUGUGAGAUCACAAUCUUAAAUUCUAAUUGUAAGAAAUCGGAAUUACCAUUACACACCCCUAUAAAACAAUAUAAUAUUUUACAAUAUUUAAAUUACGCAUGAGAGACAACUAUAAAAACAAUGCAGUCAUAAACUCUUCAUGAGGAUAUGUCUGUUUUAGUUUCAGAAUUGGUGUGAGUUUGUACGUGCCAGGGUGAGACGGGGCUUACUGUAAUGCACAGGUCCAAUAAAGAAUUAUGAAAGAAUGGAUCUUCCCAGCUUCAAUGAAUGAAAUGAUACUACAAUCUGCAGCCAAACGAGGAGUUAUUUGUUUGCCUGAAUGACAUUGGCAUUGAUUCCCACAGCCCAAACAUAGUGUGUGUUUGUGUUAACAGAGUUGGACCAGAGGGAGAAGAUUAAUCAUAGAAUCUGACAUGCUGUCCCACAUGAGAAAUAUUUGGGAACAUAUUAUUCCCUAGAUUAAAAUGUCUUCCUCCCCUCAUUUCUUAAUCAGGAUAAGAGUCAAAGUUGUAUGUUGCCGGAUAGACAUUGACCGGAAUUGCUCAAAAUGCACAUUUCACUAGCCUUUUGGCACUUUUCUUAACCAUUAUAGAAGAAAAACAUUUGUGGUUGUUUUCUGACACAAGUCUGGGGUAAAUUAUAUUUUAGUACAUGUAACAGUAUACAGUGUUUAUGCUUUUGUAAUUAUCCAAGGCUGUCUGUCUGUCUGUCUGAGGCCUAUGGGCUUUAUCUCAGGCCGGUCUCUUUGAUCUCUAUUGGCUGGAGGGCAUGAAACAUGAGCCAUACUCGAUCUGCACGGUUAUUAGUCAAUCUGUUACGGCAAGACUGGAGAGGAGGGAGGGAGGGACAUAAAUGAGGAGGGAAAGGCUAAAGAGAGAGAAUGAGGGUUAGGCUGUUAGUGUCCUCUUGGUCAGAGGGACAAUGAAAAGGACCUGCUCCUAAACCAGUAUACAUUUUCAUUGUCCUUCAUUACCAUGUUUAAACAUUCCUUGAUGUUUGAUGAACAACAGUGGAAAGAGCUAGGUACCAGCCAAUACCUGCUCUGGUGAGUAAUAGGGACUGUAAAGUUGUUCCAUCUCAGAACAACCAGUCCUGUGAUGUGACCCGACCCAUUCUACAAUACAAUAUACAGGCCUCUCUCUCUUCCCUCUGUUCUGUCCUCCUUUCUUUCCUUCCCCCGUCUCCCUCUGUCCUAACCUGUGUGGGCCAUAGAGACUUGUAGUGCUGGCCCGGUGACCCUGCAUGGCUGGAAUGGGAGACUUGGGCUGGACCAGAGCCCUGUAAUGCAGGGAGCAUUUCACUGGAAGUCCUAGUCCUCUGUUGAGUCAAUAAAACACUUUGUGUGACGUGUAUGCACACAUGCGUCCUUCCAUAACCAAUGAAGCACAGUGUGUGUGUGUGGUUUUGUGAAUGUGUGUGUGUGUGUGUGUGUGUGAUUGUGGGGUCCAUUCUGCCCUGCAUUUGUCUGUCUGCACUGUCUGUCUCCGUAUGGCGCCAGCUCCAGGACCCAUGGCCCUGUCAGUCUGGAUGGGUUCUGACCUGCAUUGUCAGGGAAAGGACACAUUUCCCCAGCCCCAGUUCCAGCCUCAGCCCCCCAGCCAGCUCACAUAACAUAACAGGACUGAGUCUAAGUGACCCUCACCCAGACCAGCACAGAGAGGAUAAUUGCAGAGCGUGAAAAGCGAUAGGUUUUGCAACUGGAGGGAUAGUUAACUUUUCUAGAUGAUUUAACAAAUUAUGUGGGGCGGUGUGUGUGUGUGGAGGGGGGUGGUGGGUGAAGGUUGUUACAGUGAUGCUUCUAGAGAUAGUUUGUAGCAACCGUUGGAUGUUGGCUUAGCUAGGUACUCUGCUGCUCUCUUAACGAUUAGCUGAAUGAAUUCACCUCACAAUCCCCAAACAUAAAUAGGACUUUGAAUAGGAGAUACUGCAGCUAAUUUAGUUAAUGGGGGUCUGCUGCUUAGUCUGAAGCCACAUCUGUCUCAUUUAUGAGAGGGGCUUCUAAGAAUUCACAUCUUCUUAAAAGCCACUGACAUCAUAUUGUAAUUUAUGAUACCCGAUGAAGCAGUGUCCAAAAGCCAAAAUAUAGCAGCAGUUGCUGUAGGAUUUAUGUACUGUAUAAUAUUGAUGAACUGAACGGAUGUAAUGAGAAGACUGUUAGAUGAUAUUUCUGUCCAUGUUGUUGUAAUGUGACUCCUGCCAUCUUGUGUUUGUAGGUGUUGGACCCAGAGCUGGAGAUAGCGGACCAUGCCUUCCCCCCUUCCUCCACACAACCCUCCACACUCAAGGUCCAGGUAAUGUAGAGCCCCUCUAUCCUCUGUGGAAAGUGUGUGAAUGUGGGUGUGUGACUCAACAAAUUAUUUAAAUGUAUGCACUCGCUACGGAAAGUCGCUCUAGAUAAGAGCGUCUGCUAAAUGACAAUGACGUAACUGCGAGAAACUCCCUGUCCCUUUGUUUGGGGCAACGCUCCAUCAGCAGCAAGGUCUCUGGAUUUCUGAGCUUUCCCAGGCUUACUGUCCAGCUGUCCCGUACUUUCCCCUCAGUAUGUUAUAAUUCCCUAUCUGUGUGUUGCAGGAUAAGGAGAUCCGGGCGGUGUUUCUGUGGCUGUUCGGCCAGCUGUUCCAUGGCUAUCGCUGGUGUUUGCACAUCAUCCGGAUCCAUCCUGAACCAGUCAUCCGCUUCCAUAAGGUACACAUCACCCUCUACCUCUCAGAACCUAAUUCCUAAGGUGAUAUAUUACGUUGUGUUCAUACUAACCUAAAACUAACUACGGCCUUUAUGAACAUAAUGGAAUAGAUCACUUUGUCUGUCUGGAGGAGAAAUACAUUUUGCUCUAAACAGACCUGCAAACUGUCUGUUUUGAGUCUAACACUUAGAGUGGAACCCAAUAAUCUCAGGCCUGACGAGUGUGUGUUUUCCUCCAGGCUGCGUUCCUGGGCCAGAGGGCUCUGACUGAGGAUGACUUCCUGAUGAAGGUUCUGGACGGUAUGGCGUUCGCUGGGUUCAUAUCGGAGAGAGGGCCGCCUUACAGACCCACAGACCUGUUCGAUGACGUGAGUGUCCCCCCCCCCCACACACACACACACACACACACACACACACACACCUUCCCAAUCAGUGGGAAAGAAGGAAAAAGUAUUCUAACUUCCUGUUUCUUUUCCUGUGUCUACAGCUGAUAGCCAAUCAGGUGGAGCGUAUUCGCCAGGAGGAGUGCAGCCCGCACAAAGUCAUGAACCAUAUCAAGGAGCUGGCCGAGCAGCUCUUCAAAAACGUAUGUUGUGCAUAAAAAAAUUAAAACAUAUUUGAUUUAUUUGAUUUACAGAUGUAGGAUCUUAAGAGAAUUUAUGCUGAUGCGCUUCGUGAUUUACGUAAAAUUCACUGAAAACCCACACUAACGUGGUUAUUUUAACACUAUUGGCCAGGGUUGUGGGUUUGUUUCCCACGGGGGGGCCAGUAUGAAAAUGUAUGCUGAUUCUGAAAUUAAUAAAAUCACAUUCAUUUAUUCAACAUUAAAACUACUAUUCAUAUCUCAAAAGUACCCUUUUUGAUGUAGUUAUUUUUAGACAUUAUUUGGAACUAUACUCUUAAAACACAGCAAGUUUCCAGUAUGGGCUCUCUGCUACUUUUGAAGAAAUUAUCAAUUUUAUACAUAGCAAUUGACAUUAUAGGUCAUUAACCAAUCACAGCCUCCUGUAGCAAAGGGAGUUCCCUUUGAAUUCAUUUUACCAUUCACUGUGUUGGUGGUGCUCAUAACAUUUAUCAUAACUUUAAAAGUAGCAGAGAGCCCACUCUGGAAAUGUGAUUUACUUGUAGACAAUGUUCCCUCUAAGCUCUGCGCGUGCGCAGGUGCGCAGCUCCCCGGGACUGCCGCGCAGAAGAAAUAUCAGCUUGCGCGGAGAAGCACGAGAUUGAACUUCACUCAACUUUCUAGUUUUCCCCUUUAGUUAACACUAUCAAUGACAGGCCAAUGCUCUACACAGACCGGUGCGCCAUAACCAAUCAGAGCUGCAGUAUCCCUAUAUGCAAAUAGAUCAUUGCCAUAUAUGGAUCUGUGCCAUUCCCUUUGAACUGGACUGUGUUUACAGCAUGAGUGGUUGUGAGUAGAUGUGCUUGUUUUGCAUGUGUCCAGGUGUGUACAUUUGUUCAUUUUCUUGGCUAUUAAGUGAGUUAUUAGUUAUACCACAUUUCUAGUCAGCAAUGGUGGAGUGGUUGCUUCCUACAAGAGCACAAAAUGUGUGCAUUUCUAGCCAAUAGGCAGAGGAUAGCAUAAUUUGUGUGAUUCUCUGUAAUAAUGGUAUGGGAAUAAUAAUGCAUUUUAUUUUGUAUCAAACAACACAACAUUUUCAGUCACCUCCUUGUCUGAAGGACAAGUGCAUAAACAGGUUAAUGGCAAUCCCUACAUGUUUUUUUUUCAAAAGUCUCAUGGUAUGUAGGCCUACAUUGAACACCACACAUUGGCUGCUACUGUACUGAUAGGCCUACAUAUGAUCAAAUAGCCACAGUAGCCUACUUGGCCACUGUUAUAACUGUAACUUGAAGCGGAUACAGCCUCAGUGUUCACAGUAAACACGCGCAAGAAGUUGCGCUCAGCAGACCUGAAAUUUGUUCUGUGCCUAAUUUCUUUUGAGGGAACAUUGCUUGUAGAGUAUAUUGUUUAAAACAAUGUCUAAAAAUGAACAAAAUCAAAAAGGGUACUUUUGAGAUUUUAAUAUUAAUAGUUUUAAUGUUGAAUAGAUUCAUGUGUAAAAUUGUAUUUCAGAAUGUAUCGAUACUCCAUAUUUUACAGUAUUCUAUAAGGAGUAUAAUGAUACAAGGUGUUGUCUGUAUCAUGUACGGUUUUUGGAUCAUUGGUCUUACAGGAGGCAUGCAUAGGUCUAAAAAGGGCCUGAAAUUUUCACUUUCAGGAUUUUCUCAAAAUGGUUUGUGUUACAAUGUACAAAGAGUAUCAAACAUCCUUCCUCCCAAUUAAGUUUCUAUGAACAAUCUGAGAUACCAAAAAUAUUUUCGGCCAACGCUGGCAUGGAAUCGCCCUAUUGCACUUUUCAUGUAGCCUACUUUUGGCCAGCUAAUAGCCUAACCACCGAUCAAGUAACUUUAUGGACUAAGUGUUCAAAUCCUGUUGCUGUGACAAUAUAGGUCAAAUUAAGAUCCUCCAUCUGUAUGUAAUGUAGUAACUAAAAUAACAGGAGACCACUUACCAAUUUCUUUGCGCUUUCUCCCCCGUUAUGGUCUCUCACCUUUUAUUCUCUCCCACCAGGAGAACCCGUACCCUGCCGUGGCCAUGCAUAAGGUGCAGCGGCCAGCUGAGAGCCCUGGUCACAAUGACCCCAAGAACUUGGCCAUCUUUCCCCCGCUGGACGAUGUCACGGUCCAGCUCUUCAUCGACCAUGCCGCCGCCAAGCUCAAGACCGCCCCACCCGUGGUCAAGGCCGAGCUCAGGGGCAUGGUGCCCUCAGGACCCCCACUGGGUGAGUGUGCCAGGCUGGGUGGGAAAGACUGAGUGGAGGGGGUCGAUGGGGGUAGUGGGGGGGUGGAGCGGUAUAGGCUUGGGAUGGUGGGAUUAAAUAGAUGCCGUGAAUGGACAGUUGAAAGACUGAUGCAGACAUUCCUUUUGGGUUGUGGGUUAGAAGUUAGCAGAGGUGCCAACAUGAGAUUGUGUCUGAUGGAUUGGCUUGAUGUCUGGUCUAAAGAGGCUGAUCCAGACACACAGUCCAGCAGACGACCAGACAGUUAUUUCUGCAGUCCACCAGACUGUCCUCCGGUCUACCAGACUGUCCUCCGUACCACCAGACAGUCCUCUGUGUUAGGACAACCUCUCUGUGACCCAUCUAUCUCUCAGCAUGGGGUUUAAUUGAGCUGUAUUCGGUGUAGAUUCAGUGUAGACUGAUGAGUGUGAUGUAAUAACCCCUGAGUCGUGUUGCUCCUCCAGGAGACAUCGUGGACAGGCAUGGUCAUGUCCUGGCUAACAGUGCUCGCAGGCUGGAGGUGGUCAGGAACUGCAUUACUUACAUAUUUGACAACAAGAUGCUGGAGGCAAAGAAGGUGAGAGACAAGGCCACAACAGCAUCUCUGUGCUCGGCCAUUUUGGAAUGAUAAAAGUUGUUUGAAACUCCUUAGAUGUUAAGAAUUUAUAGCUGAUUUAUAGCUAGUUUAGAGGUUUGACCUACAUGAUAGUCUAGUCAUUUUUUAUAAAAGCAAAAUGAAGUUCCUGCACAUAACACCUAACCAUAAAAUCUUCCUAAAGUUGGCAUCUCCUAAUAUUGUUGUCCUGUGCUGCGCCCCCACCCCUAGCUGAUGCCAGCGGUACUGCGGGCGCUGAAGGGCCGGGCGGCCAGGGUGUGUCUGACCCAGGAGCUCAACCAGCACGUCCUGCAGAACCGAGCUGUGCUGGAUGACCAGCAGUUUGACUACAUCGUCCGCAUGAUGAACUGCACCUUACAGGUACAUGCUGACGCCCCCCCAAAAUUCUCUGUCCUCUUAUAGGACAGGGUGGUGCAAAAUUGGUCCAGCGGGUUUGGCCGGCAGGGAUGCGGGUUCGUUUCCCCACGGGGGGCCAGUGAAAAAUUAAAUAAAUAAAUAAACAUGUAUGCAUUCACUACCUGUAAGUCGCUCUGGAUAAGAGCGUCUGCUAAAUGACUAAAAUGUAAUGUAAAUGUAAUAGUCAAAGUUCUAUUGUAUUCCAAUCGGGUUCAUUACAUAGAGCGGCUGUAUUGAAGGAGUUCAGAAAGCAAUAACUAACUCCUUGGGACUUUUUCAAAACAGUACAAGGCUACCUAUUUUUGCACUGCUAUGGAGGCUUUUAUAUUUUCACAUUAUCAUACACUGAAUAAUGUAGCCUAAUCUGUGUUGUUUGCAUGGCUGACAUUGACCUCUAUUCUCUUUCUACUCAGGACUGCUCCCACAUGGAUGAACACGGUAUCGCAGCUGUCCUCCUUCCCCUGGUCACGGCCUUCUGCAGAGUAAGUCUACAAAACGUCACAAACACAAACAAUCCUUAUUCAACACGAAGAAACAAAUAAUUGUCCUCAAAGUGGUCUGUUUCUAAAGCUUCUGUGUGGCUGUGUGUUUGUGUCUGGCAGAAACUAGGCGCGGGCAUCACCCAGUUUGCCUACAGCUGUGUGCAGGAGCACAUGGUGUGGACCAACAUGCAGUUCUGGGAGGCCAUGUUCUACAGUGAUGUCCAGAACCACAUCAGAGCCCUGUAUCUGGAGGUAGACGAGGGGGAGCAGCCCACCCCUGUAAGAACAGACCCUAAAACUUCAGAACAAGCAGAACCUUUUUAAGCUUAUAGAUGCAACUGUUUUUAAGCUAAUGCUCCUGUAUAUUAGUAUCAAACACAGCAAUAAAAACAUAACCGAGGCUUUUCCUUGAUAAUAGUACUUAGUCCUUGGAGUACAUUCUUACAUUGACCCCAUCUGACGUUUCCCCUUCCAGUCCCACGGUCAGCAGGAGUCUGGUCCAGCAGCAGGAGGUCAGGAGCUGCUGGGUGCUCUGGAGUUGGCGUCAGAGCAGAGCAGGCUGUGGCCCACGCUCAACAAGGAGCAGCAGAGUGAGCGCGUGCAGAAGGAGGAGAGCACGGUGUUCAGCCAGGCCAUCCACUACGCCAACCGCAUGUCCUACCUGCUACUGCCCCUGGACACCAGCAAGAACCGCCUGCUCAACAGGUCCGGGAUUGGGGACGUGGAGAGUGUUAGCAACAGCUACGUCACCAACAGGUACACCAACAGGUGAGGGGGACACACACACGCGCACACACACGACAACAGGGAGGCACACAGACAAACAAGCACACCCAACAGCUUCAUCACAUGUUAGAAACAGCUUAUCAAACUGUGGGCAGCUUUGUAACAUCUUACAAUGGAACCAGCAACAAAAUGAUGCCUAGGGAUAAGACUUUAACUUUGAAGUUGAAGCUCAUAUUGGUCAUUCCUAAGAUGCCUUUGUUUUUUUUUUAGCAUUGCUGGCAGCAUGGCGGAGAGCUACGACACAGAGAGCGGCUUUGAGGACGCUGAGAGCUCUGACGUGGCCAACUCCGUGGUACGCUUUAUCAAUCGCUUCGUAGACAAAGUGUGUAACGAGAGUGGGGUGACCAACGAGCACCUCAAGGCACUACACACCAUGAUACCAGGUAGGAAUCUCAAUUUUGUGUUUUCGGUGCUCAUGUUGUGAACUUUUCUUGACAGAUCAUUGUUGUAUUCAUUAGGCACUAAAUGGAAGAAAACUGACUGACAGGGAGGGAUUCCCUGAACUUGUCCAAUAAGAAACACUUGUUUUAGUUUUCCGUCGCAAAGCGUUUUGCUACUGUGUGCCCUAAUGAAUAUGACCCAGGUUUUCUAGACAGUUCAAAUUGUGUAUUAGGAGUGAGUGUUAAUUAGUUUUUCUCUCCCCUCCUGUGUUGCUCCACAGACAUCGUUCAGAUGCACAUAGAGACGCUGGAUGCAGUCCACAGGGAGAGUAAGCGACUGCCACCGAUCCAAAAGGUAACCAAUUCCUUAUUUUACAUUACGCUGGACAAACACCACGCAGAGCCCCGCCCCAGGCCAGCCCCGCCCAACCCCCUCUCCACCAAUCUCUGCAGCUCAGUGUCACAGUGCCACGCCCACGGCAGGUACGUCUGUCCCAGCAACAGCACCAUGUGUGACUCACACUACUAUGCCUAAGCAGUGCAUGCUGGGUGAUGUAGUUCCCCUCCUCUCAGAAGCUGGGGUCUCGUUCAGUUGGAACUAAAUGGGAUAAUUUUUUUUGAAAAGGAGGAGGUACUAUCUGACUUUGUCCAAUACGAAGAAGAACGUUGAUUUUCUGUUUUCAUUGCAUUUUCUCCAGUUGGUGCCUACUGAACGUGAACCUGGUAGAUGACUACAGCCUGAGCAGUGCAUGCUGGAGAUUGUUGUUCUAGGUGACCUGGUUGACUACAGCUUGUUUGGUCUGGUUGUUCUGUGGAGUGUUCUGCCAGCAGUUGGAGAGGGAUGGUAGCUUAGCAUGGCAUCAUCUGCAUAUCUGUUGUGUUAAUGGAAACUUAGCAGUGUCCAAGCAUAUGCAUCAACCAAGAGCUCAGGGAUGCCCUGUAUCAGAUAUCAGUCCAAUUAAAUCUCACCUUUUGUGAGUUUUCUGUGUUUAUCCCAUCUUAUAAUACCUCAGAGAGCGCCUCACAUUUGACCUGAUCCCACCUCCCAGAAUGCUCUCUGUUUUUUCUGCGUGAGCAUUCAGAUCAUAUGAAUUCCAGUUAAACCCUCCGAAGGAGCUGCACCCAGGGCGUCAGGUGUUGCACAACAGAAUUUGAAAUGGGUUACAAAACGAGUGCCUUAAUUAAUUUUCUAUUAUGAGUGGAGCUGCUCUGUUUGGUGUAGUUGCCCCAGUGCAGGCCUCUCCAGCGUUGCUGGGGACAGGAAAUUAUGUCAAUGCUCUGAGCCAGAUGGUCUAUUGGUCUUUAACAGAAACUAGACCUGCCACUCUUCAUACUUUGAAUACCUCUCAAGGAUGCUUUUAGAUGAUUUUAUGAGAAAAAUUUGAGGAAAUAUACAAAUGGUUGUAAACAUAUUACCUCUUUCUAAGGGGAAAACUCUAAACCACUCAAAAUUGCCAUAAUAUGAUACCGGUCUUAAGAGAUUUGAAUAGUUUUAUAUCGAACUUUAUAAACAUAACCACGUACAGUGAGGGAAAAAAGUAUUUGAUCCCCUGCUGAUUUUGUACGUUUGCCCACUGACAAAGCAAUGAUCAGUCUAUCAUUUUAAUGGUAGGUUUAUUUGAACAGUGAGAGACAGAAUAACAACCAAAAAAUCUAAAAUGUCAAAAAUGUUAUAAAUUGAUUUGCAUUUUAAUGAGGGAAAUAAGUAUUUGACCCCCUCUCAGAAAGAUUUCUGGCUCCCAGGUGUCUUUUAUACAGGUAACGAGCUGAGAUUAGGAGCACACUCUUAAAGGGAGUGCUCCUAAUCUCAGUUUGUUACCUGUAUAAAAGACACCUGUCCACAGAAGCAAUCAAUCAAUCAGAUUCCAAACUCUCCACCAUGGCCAAGACCAAAGAGCUCUCCAAGGAAGUCAGGGACAAGAUUGUAGACCUACACAAGGCUGGAAUGGGCUACAAGACCAUCGCCAAGCAGCUUAGUGAGAAGGUGACAACAGUUGGUGCAAUUAUUCGCAAAUGGAAGAAACACAAAAGAACUGUCAAUCUCCCUCGGCCUGUGGCUCCAUGCAAGAUCUCACCUCGUGGAGUUGCAAUGAUCACGAGAAAGGUGAGGAAUCAGCCCAGAACUACACGGGAGGAUCUUGUCAAUGAUCUCAAGGCAGCUGGGACCAUAGUCACCAAGAAAACAAUUGGUAACACACUACGCCGUGAAGGACUGAAAUCCUGCAGCGCCCGCAAGGUCCCCCUGCUCAAGAAAGCACAUAUACAGGCCCGUCUGACGUUUGCCAAUGAACAUCUGAAUGAUUCAGAGGAGAACUGGGUGAAAGUGUUGUGGUCAGAUGAGACCAAAAUUGGAGCUCUUUGGCAUCAACUCAACGUGUUUGGAGGAGGAGGAAUGCUGCCUAUGACCCCAAGAACACCAUCCCCACCGUCAAACAUGGAGGUGGAAACAUUGUUUUGGGGGUGUUUUCCUGCUAAGGGGACAGGACAACUUCACCGCAUCAAAGGGACGAUGGACGGGGCGAGAAUCUUGGGUGAGAACCUCCUUCCCUCAGCCAGGGCAUUUGAAAAUGGGUUGUGGAUGGGUAUUCCAGCAUGACAAUGACCCAAAACACACGGCCAAGGCAACAAAGGAGUGGCUCAAGAAGAGGCACAUUAAGGUCCUGGAGUGGCCUAGCCAGUCUCCAGACCUUAAUCCCAUUGAAAAUCUGUGGAGGGAGCUGAAGGUUCGAGUUGCCAAAUGUCAGCCUCGAAACCUUAAUGACUUGGAGAAGAUCUGCAAAGAGGAGUGGGACAAAAUCCCUCCUGAGAUGUGUGCAAACCUGGUGGCCAACUACAAGAAACGUCUGACCUCUGUGAUUGCCAACAAGGGUUUUGCCACCAAGUACUAAGUCAUGUUUUGCAGAGGGGUCAAAUACUUAUUUCCCUCAUUAAAAUGCAAAUCAAUUUAAAACAUUUUUUACAUGUGUUUUUCUGGAUUUUUUUGUUGUUAUUCUGUCUCUCACUGUUCAAAUAAACCUACCAUUAAAAUUAUAGACUGAUCAUGUCUUUGUCAGUGGGCAAAUGUACAAAAUCAGCAGGGGAUCAAAUACUUUUUUCCCUCACUGUAAAUGUGUUGUAUUUUCCCUUCUGCUUGUUUUACUUGUUGAGCCUCAGGGUUGUCUUUGCCAAGAUCCCACCAGCCAAUUGAAGAUUUAGGCAAACCGUUUAUGUUAUGUAACAUUUAACAAAAAUAACAAAUUGCAAGCGAAUGUCUCCAUUUCGAUAUGUGUCGUUUGAUAAAUGUAUGCUUCAGCAUGCUAUCUGGAUUGAUGUGUGCCAUUUUUUUGUGGUGAAUUUGCUCUAGUUUGUUUUGAAAUAUAGAAGCACCAAUGUAAGGAUGGCUUAUACAUUUGAGUUCUGUUGGACAUAAAGCACUAACAGCUCUUCUACUGUUUCUCUUUCCCCCUCAUCUUUACCUACCUUGUCCUUCUACUCAAUCUGCUUACUCUUCUCCUUCCAUCAAUUAUCAACUCUUCUCGUUUCUUUACCCCACAUCUACCUCUUCCUUAUCUUCCUCUGCCCCCCCUCUCUCUUCUUGUCCCCAAUCUCUUCCCCCUUUCCUCUUCUCUCCUUCACUCCUCCCUCUCUCCGUGCUGCAGCCCAAGCUUCUGAGGCCCAUUCUUCUUGCGGGGGAGGAGCUGGUGAUGGACGGCAUGCGGGUGCACCUGAUCUCAGACGGCCGGGAGGAGGCCACGGGGGCCAUGGGGGGUCCACCCCUCCUCCCUGCUGAGGGGGCCAUCUUCCUCACCACCUACCGCCUCAUCUUCAAGGGCACGCCCAACGACCCGCUGGGUAAGAGGGUGUUGAAAACACACGUUAGCAGUAACACACACGCACUUUUCUCGCUAACCCUGAGUGUUGUUGCUGUGCAGUGGGUGAGCAGGUGGUGACUCGGUCGUUCCCCAUCGCCUCCCUGACUAAGGAGAAGAGGAUCUCUGUCAGUCUGUCCAUGGACCAGUUCAUACAGGAGGGUCUGCAGCUACGCUCCUGCACUUUCCAGGUACACCUCUACCCUCCUUCCUGCCAGCCUCAUAUCCAUCACCCCAGAAUGUCUGCCUUACCUACUGCCUAAACACCAGGCCCCCUUUAUAGCUUCUCCCCCUCAACCCAUCUACCCCCCCCCCCCCCUCCCCGCUCUCCUUCUGCAUCGUAACUCUCUCCAUUAAAAAAUUGACAGAACAUGAAUUUCUGUCUCUCUCAGACACUCCUCCUAAUAUCUCUCUUCUCCUCCUGUAGCUGCUGAAGAUAGCGUUUGAUGAGGAGGUGGCGUCGGACCUGGCCGAGGUGUUCCGGAAGCACAUGCACAAGCUCCGCUACCCCCAGCACGUCCAGGGAACCUUCGCCUUCACCAUGGGCCAGAGUGGCAAGACGUUGGUCGAACACAAGACCAAGGACAAGAACCAGUCAAUAAAGUAAGACAAGACCGAGAUAAUACACACUCACGUCAACCACAAGAACCAAAACAACCCUAAAAAGAAACAGUAAGGGCAUGCACACGCCAAACAUGCACAUUUCGACACACAUCAGCAUUGUAUAAAACUUCAGGACUGUUCCAGUUUUGUCGGCAGAUCAUUAGUAAUGAGAAAGUGUAAAUCUGUAAGACAUUUCACACCUCUCACAUCCUCCAGGUCAAGUACAGAACAUCCAAUUAAAAAGCAGUAGCUCACUAAAAAAUGUGGGUCACAGAUAACACCCCAGCUCUGUAAAAUGAGCUGAAUAUACGGCCUGCCCCAAGCAGCACCCUCUGGAGAUAUAGUAGUCUACAUUAUUGCACUACAUUUCAUAGCCGUCCUGACAGCUUACAGAAUAUAUCAAAACCUUUUUUUUAUUUGACUUCUGAUUUAAAGUCAGUGUUUGCUGUGAUUAUAUUAAUACAACUGGAUGUAUAGACUUUUUGCUUGCGAGUGUAAACGUUUGAGUGUGUGUGAGCCCUUGUUCAUGUGUAACCACCAAUGGUCCAUGUAGCAUGCACUGUUUAGUUCUGCUGGCUGCUCACUGACUUAUUCUAGGCAGGGAUAAGUACAGAGGAAUGCAGCUUCACAUCCUACACUCUAUUCUAUCCACUGUCACUGCCAGUAGACCCCCAGAGCUUGCGCACUCACUCACUCACUCACUCACUCACUCACUCACUCACUCACUCACUCACUCACUCACUCACUCACUCUCACAGCUGUUGAAUAAUGCAGCAGUGGAAACAGUGACGGCUCCUCCAUGUUUGUCCCUGGUGUUUCCAUCUCCUCCCCAAGUCGUCACGCCACUAAAACACUCCAUUCAUUCACUGAUAUUAACCUCACGACAAUGCGGGCCCAACCCCCCUGCAGCAGUGAGCAGGCUCUGCUAGCAGUCUUUUAAUGCAUUCAUGGACUUUAAUUAUGCAUACAGACUACCACCGAGUCUGCUUUAGGGAUGUGCCUUGGAUUUAAUGAACCGGUUAAUUAAACUUCUAAGUACCCACUCGGUGCAUUUGUACCUUUACAUUUCUAACCAGGGUUGGUCACUUGACAUGAAAUGGAAGCAAAUGGGCCGAAACAGGGAUGUGCUAUUUAAACUUGUUCAAUAAGAAAUGCUUGUUUUCAUUUUCUGUUGCAAAGUGUUUCGCUACGGUGUGCCCAAAUUAAUAUGACCCAGGAAGUAGACGUCAUUAAGUUUUGCUUUAACUGCCCCUCUGUGUGUUUUGCUGUGGUCUUAAGUUAACUAUGUUUUGAACCCUCUCUCCUAAGAACACUUUCCAAAAACCUGGUGAAGAGCGCCAAGAGGACGAUCGGUCGACAGUAUGUGACCCGGAAGAAAUACUCACCUCCCACCUGGGAGAACAGGAGCAGCCAACAGUCAGAGCUGGACGAGGAUGAGAUCUCAGGUAGGCCAUGGUGUUGACAACUCAAGUAGCAUCGUCAAGGUUUAGGGCGGCAUUUUGAAUUGAGAUCCACGCACCCAUUCACAUAAAUACAUGUUUUAUGUAAAAGUCUUGAGUGUUAACUUUCAGCAAUUAAAAUGUUGAUGGUCUGAUGUAGUAUGGUCAGUGUUUGACCUGAUGUAGUAGGUCAGUGUUUGUCACUGUGUGAUGGUCUGUAUGUUCCUGCGUUAGGUCAGGUUUGACUGGAUGCAGGGCUCCCUCACCCUCUCUUCACCAUCCGCUCCUCGUGACGACUAUAUGUCCGUGUUGGCUGAGGCGUCGUGUUUGACCCUGCGGUAUGGAUGGGCACGCUCAGUAGAGCAGUUUGCCGAUUAGUGGCAUUUACCUAAUGUAGUCACCGCUUACCGUGAGAGUAAGUUUGUACCCAGAUGGAUCAGUUUUUACGAGUUAAGUCAUCUCUUGGACUCCCAAACGUCACUUGAUACGCUAGAUGCAGUUUAUUCUGUGUAGAGGUAGUGUAGACUUUCCCUAUAGCAUUUUUAACCUAACCUAAUUCUGCACUGACCUGAAUAGUUCAUGUUUUCACUUAGCAGACGUAGUUCUCCUAACCUGUGAUAAAGUAAUUCCAGUGGUAGCUGUAUCGAAGUGGUGAUUUUUGGAUACUCAAUUGUUUGGCUAGGUUAUGGUCAAUUAACGACCGUUGUCAGUAAGUGAACUGUUCUGAGUUUCAGUCUCUAGACCUGAUUGUAGUGGUCUGUUGAUUCAGUCAGUUGAUCGUGAUUUAUAUAAAUAAUUCAGUAGUUUACUUUUGAGUGCACGUUGAUAUGCAGAGGGCUAUGACAAAGUAUACCUAAACACAUGGAUUCUUGUGGUCAUGAUUUCAGUGACAUGAACAGAAUGUCCUCUGUUGCGACAGGUCCCUCACCCUCUCUUCCACCAUCCGCUCCUCGGACAGACAGACCAUGAGCAACGUGGUGGAGCGCGCCUGUUGCCGGGACUACCAGCGGCUAGGACUGGGCACGCUCAGUAACAGCCUGACACGCUCCAAGAAUGAGCCCUUCCGCAUCUCCACCGUCAACCGCAUGUACACCGUCUGCAGGAGGUAAGUUCACGGUCCAACCGCAGAUGGAUCAUGUUUUUACGACAGGUUCACAGUCAAAUCUCAUGUGGGACUCCCUAAAAACACGCCACUUAGAUACAGCUACGACUAGAAGUUACUUUUUGUAGCAGGUUAGGAGAGCAUUUUCCCUAACCAUUUUCUUAACCUGAACCUAAUUCUGCUAACCUGCUGCGUAAGUUUACAUUUACAUCAUUUAGCAGACGUAAGUUCUCCUAACCUGCUAUGAAAAAGUAACUUCCAGUGGUAGCUGUAUCGAAGUGGUGUAUUUUUAGGGAAUCUCAAUUGCAUGUGGUAGGUUUAUGGUCAAACCGUAUACGGACCGUGUUUCAAGUAAGUAACUUUCUGAGUUUAGUCUCUAAGCACUGCAUUCAGGUUGAGUGGCUUCUUGAUUCAAGUACACGUUUGAUCUUGACAUUUAUAUAAAUAAACAUUCAGUAGUUUUACUUUGAUGCAACUUGAUAUGCAGAGUGGGCCAAUGAACAAACUAUAUUUAAACACAUGACAUUAUCUUGUGGUCAUGACAUUCUGCAGUGACAUGAACAGAAUGUCCUCUGUCUCCCUCCCUCUGUCUCCCUCCCUCUGUCUCCCUCCCUCUGUCUCCCUCCCUCUGUCUCCCUCCCUCUGUCUCCCUCCCUCUGUCUCCCUCCCUCUGUCUCCCUCCCUCCCUCUGUCUCCCUCUGUCUCCCUCUCUCUGUCUCUCUCUGUCUCCCUCUCUCUGUCUCUCUCUGUCUCUCUCUGUCUCUCUCUGUCUCUGUCUCUCUCUCUCUGUCUCUCUCUCUGUCUGUCUGUGUGUUACCAGUUACCCCGGCCUGUUGAUCGUGCCCCAGAGCAUCCCAGACUCCACCAUCCAGCGCAUCUCCCGCUGCUACAGACAGAACCGUUUCCCUGUGGUGUGCUGGAGGAACUCUCGCACCAAGGCUGUGCUGCUGCGCUCUGCAGGCCUCCAUGCUAAGGGAGUGGUGGGCUUCUUCAAGUCCCCCAAUGCCCCCAGCGCCGGUACGACACGUACUAAAAGUUAGUUAGGUGGUGUCUUUAAGGGAAUGUUGAGCUUUGUUUAGGAAUAAUAAAACACUCAAAAACACUCCAAAGCUAGCUAUAUCAGUAGCAAUUUUAUGGAAAAGUAUAAGAAUGUGAUCGAGAAAGUCUCAGCUCAUCAGAAACAAUGAGCAAAUAGGCAAACACUUUAGGUGCAUUGAAAUGCACAGCGCAUGCCCCUUACAGCUUGAGCAGCAUUUUUUAGUAUUCAGCAUUUUAUACCCAGCAUGCAAAGCUGCAUAAACCAGUGGUGAUUGACAGUUGUGACCCUUCCCCAGGCCCCUCCCAGGCAGACUCGACCAGCCUGGAGCAGGAGAAGUACAUGCAGGCGAUCAUCAGCUCCAUGCCCUCCUACAGUGAGCCCAGCGGCAGGAACACACUCAGCGGCUUCACCUCCACUCACAUGAGUAUCUCAGGUAGGACACACACACAUCAGGUAGGACACACACACAUCAGGGUUUCCGUUAGCCGGUAAUAGCCGGCUUUUGGCCCAAUUUUUCUUUUAAUGACAAGCCAAUGAAUAAAAUUGGCACCGGUAAAUUGUCCCCCCAAAUUUUUUUUUUUAUAAUCCCAUUUCAAAAUAAUGCUUUUUAGCCUAUUCAUUGCUGGAAAUACCAGUCGAUGGAAAUACAUUUGACCGGUCAUGCUUAUCGGUCUAUAGGUUAAUUAGCCUAAUUUAGUGGAAUUAAAUUGGCAUGUGUGUAUUUUCAUUAGUUGUUAUGAUUCUUAUUUAUCACACGCACAUAGAAUACAGAGCAUAUUUUUUAGAGGAAAAUCUGUAAGACAGUGCUGCUACAGCUCCUGUUGCUGCUGGAGUGAAAUGUGAUUUUAUAAGCCCAAUCAUUGCACAACAAUUCUAAAUACAAUCGCGUGUUAAAAACAGUUUUGAUAGCCACCAUUUAAAAAUAGCUAUUUUUUUUUCUCAACUGGUAAUUGAAGCGUGCUUCCCAUUCGCCAUUCAAGUGCUUAGGCAACGGUAGGCAUGGUUCAGCAGGUCACACCACUUUGCAAUGUGAGCUGGAGAUGGUAUGCAUUUUAAAAACAUAUACCUAAUUGUGUGAAACCUUAACGUUUUACUUCAUUAUGAGGCAUGUCUUGCCUUGUUUCAAUGUAGCUGAGCCAAAAUCUGUUUCUAUAAACGUGGAGACACUUAUUUUAUAAAAAUGUCCAUAUGCCAAUGAAACAAGUAUCCACAUUUUCUCAUGUUCUAUUGGUUUUCAAAUCAACUUUCUUUCAUUGUCCAGUAGCCAAAAACACAAUCCUAGUCAUAUUAGCAAUCCAUGCUAGUUGUUGCAUCUUUAGAUCUCCGAUCUUUCUACAUUUCUAAUGGAUAUUGUAAUCUCUGUCACAUGAAUCCGCUUGCAUCUGCAGUGCACUUUCGGCAACUGUGUUUUCCCGCUAAUUGCAUUAUAGAACGAGCAUUAGCGAGUAGCCUAUAACUGCCGUGUGCGCAUUGCUGCGCUUAUAAUGUGAAUAAAUAAUAGUUUAUCAACAUUUUAAGCGUUUUGUUCGGUGCAUGAGCCUCAAUGCUUUUUAAAGUUAUUUUGAUGUACUGGUUGUAUGAAUUUGGGAUCUAUCGUCCCAGAACUGUCCCAGAGUCAGUUUGGAAUCGGCUAUUUCUUUCUCACACAGAGCGACAAGCUGACCAAUAGAAUAGGUCAACUUUUCUACAAUGGGGGACAGUAGAUUGACACAGGCUAGUGAUUUUCCUGUUCGUUACUCGUCUUGUUGGCUGAGGAAAAGUAAAUGUGGACAGUUAUUCUAACAUCUCAUUUAGCAGACGCUCUUAUCAGAGCGACUUACAUUAGCAAUUAGGGUUAAGUGCCUUGCUUAAGGGCACAUCGACAGAUUUUUCACCUAGUCGGCUCGGGAUUAGAACCAGCGACCUUUCGGUUACUGGCACAAUGCUCUUACCCACUAAGCUACCUGCCCCACUACAUCUUCAAAGUGCGCUUUGGAACUCGGAAGGACGCACGCCGCUGCAUCCUCGAGUUGCAUAUUCUGUUAAAGGCAUUACCAUAAACUAAAUGGGAUUUCAGUCAUUCUGAGCAGCGUGGCUGGACACCCUAAUCAGGUUACGCACCCAACGCAUAUAGGUCUGGUAAAUUUAAAAUGCUGUCGAUCAAAUGUCCGGGGACACAUUUUCCUAACGGAAACCCUGAAACACACACCAACACACACCCUCUCUUAAGCCAGAGUUUGUGACCUUUUGCUUGUGUCUAUCUCCAGACUCGUCAGAUAAGCUGAGGCAGCCUAAGAUCGGAGCUCUGAUGAAACAGGUGAUGGGAGGCAAGGAGGACAUACCUGGAACCUUCAGCCGCGGAGGUGAGAUAAUGGUUUUACUUUGUGUGUAUGUGGUUGUGUUCCUUGCAUCAAUUAGUUCAUUGAAACUUCCUUUUCAAGGAAUGUCUCAUAUUUAUAGGUUUGGGAUUGUAUUGUGGCUUGCCCUACAAUUACCUGCCAAGGAACGUUUACUGGAAGUAAUUGACAUGCGAGUGUGUUUUAACCCAAAGAGGAAUGGUGGUUAUGUUACCUUAAUAAUAACCCAUCUCCAUAGCUUAUCCACAUUUGGGCCUGUGUGUAUGUAUAGCUGUGUGAAACCAUCUCUCCCUAUGGUCUAUGGUGUUGGUUAACGGGCAUCAUCUCUGUGUCAUUUGACCUCAGCUCUGGGUCAAAGGGCGAGGGUCAUCUCCCUCUCUCAGCCCAGAGUUUCAGGCAAGGCCAGAAACCCCCCUGGAGGUACAGUAUGCACCGACCACUGGCUCCCUGUCUCCCCAAUCUAACCAAUCAGGUCUCUUAACAGUGACGGUCUGUCUGCGUUGGCUGGCGCCCCCGUCCGUCAGUCCUUUUUUUCCCUGUGAUGUCCUAGUGUGUGUGUGUGUCUCUCUCUCUCAGGACUAACUUUUUGUUGUCCAAUCUCUUUGAUGGAGAGCUUCUCUUCUUCUUUCAAGGCGUCUGUUUGCAUGCUGUUCUAGUGGGCCGUCGACUCUACACACACUCUGCUGCAGAUCCUCGUGUUUGUCCAUGUUUCUGUUCUGUGUUUGAUUACUACUGUGUGCUGUGAGUGGUCUGAUGACUCAUGUUUUUCCAGCGUUGUUUGGUUUGGAGCAUCAUUUUCACAUAGACUAUUUAGCAAAUUAGAUCAAUCUUACUAUAGUAGUUGUUCAAUUAUUUCUACCUUAGGUAACUCUUAUCAGCAUGGCUUUCAGUUAGUCUAGUGGUAUGAAGUACAAUGAAUGUAUGUGCCACUGCAUAUAUGGCUUGUGUGUGUGUUGAUAAUGGCAGAUUUGGAGAGAGGAUUGGAGAAUGUAUACUGUAUGUGUGUGAUAACCUCUACAUCUAUGUGUGUGAUAACCCCCUUUAAAACCUCUACCUGUAUGUGUGUGAUAACCCCCUCUAAAACCUCUACCUGUGUGUGUGUGAUAACCCCAUUUAAAACCUCUACAUCUAUGUGUAUGAUAACCCCCUUUAAAACCUCUACAUCUAUGUGUGUGAUAACCCCCUUUAAAACCUCUACCUGUAUGUGUGUGAUAACUCCAUUUAAAACCUCUACCUGUAUGUGUGUGAUAACCCCUCUAAAACCUCUACCUGUAUGUGUGUGAUAACCCCCUCUAAAACCUCUACCUGUAUGUGUGUGAUAACCCCCUCUAAAACCUCUACCUGUAUGUGUGUGAUAACCCCCUCUAAAACCUAUACCUGUAUGUGUGUGAUAACCCCCUCUAAACCCUCUACCUGUAUGUGUGUGAUAACCCCCUUUAAACCCUCUACCUGUAUGUGUGUGAUAACUCCAUUUAAAACCUCUACCUGUAUGUGUGUGAUAACUCCAUUUAAAACCUCUACCUGUAUGUGUGUGAUAACCCCCUCUAAAACCUCUACCUGUAUAUGUGUGAUAACCCCCUUUAAAACCUCUACCUGUAUGUGUGUGAUAACCCCCUCAAAACCUCUACCUGUAUGUGUGUGAUAACCCCCUCUAAAACCUCUACCUGUAUGUGUGUGAUAACCCCCUCUAAAACCUCUACCUGUAUGUGUGUGAUAACCCCCUCUAAAACCUCUACCUGUAUAUGUGUGAUAACCCCCUCUAAAACCUCUACCUGUAUAUGUGUGAUAACCCCCUCUAAAACCUCUACCUAUAUGUGUGUGAUAACCCCCUCUAAAACCUAUACCUGUAUGUGUGUGAUAACCCCCUCUAAACCCUCUACCUGUAUGUGUGUGAUAACCCCCUUUAAACCCUCUACCUGUAUGUGUGUGAUAACUCUAUUUAAAACCUCUACCUGUAUGUGUGUGAUAACCCCCUCUAAAACCUCUACCUGUAUAUGUGUGAUAACCCCAUUUAAAACCUAUACCUGUAUGUGUGUGAUAACCCCCUCAAAACCUCUACCUGUAUGUGUGUGAUAACCCCCUCUAAAACCCCUACCUGUAUGUGUGUGAUAACCCCCUCUAAAACCUCUACCUGUAUGUGUGUGAUAACCCCCUCUAAAACCUCUACCUGUAUAUGUGUGAUAACCCCCUCUAAAACCUCUACCUGUAUAUGUGUGAUAACCCCCUCUAAAACCUCUACCUGUAUAUGUGUGAUAACCCCCUUUAAAACCUAUACCUGUAUGUGUGUGAUAACUCCAUUUAAAACCUCUACCUGUAUGUGUGUGAUAACCCCCUCAAAACCCCUACCUGUAUGUGUGUGAUAACCCCCUCUAAAACCUCUACCUAUAUGUGUGUGAUAACCCCCUCUAAAACCUCUACCUGUAUGUGUGUGAUAACCCCCUCUAAAACCUCUACUCUACCUGUAUAUGUGUGAUAACCCCCUCUAAAACCUCUACCUGUAUAUGUGUGAUAACCCCCUCUAAAACCUCUACCUGUAUAUGUGUGAUAACCCCCUCUAAAACCUCUACCUGUAUAUGUGUGCUCCAGGGAAGUGGGGCAGUAUCCGGGGCAGUGGGCGUCUGAGUGCCUACAACCCAGAAGUGGGGAACAGGCUGUCCAGUAAGGAGUCUCCCCAGCCCAACGGGGGCCCCAGCGAGGCCUGUUCCUCAGACAGCAGAGGGCCUACCUCUACAUCAUCGGAGACAAGACACAGCUCAAGGUAACUGCCAAUACAUAACACUACACUAGACUGUCUACUGAUUUAACAUCGAUAAAGACUCAAUAUCCCAGAAGUCUUUGGAGGUCUUUGUGUCAUUGAACCUUGACCCCUGUUUGUCCCAUGUCAAAAGGGUGGGAAGCAGGACUCGUUCCAGCAGUGGGAGGUGGUGCCCAUCGAGGUGUGCGACGUGCGGCAGGUGAAGAACAGCUUUAAGAAGCUGAUGAAGGCCUGUGUUCCCAGCUCAGCCACCUCUGAAUCCAGCAUGACCUUCCACCGCUGCCUGGAGGAGUCCGAAUGGAUGUGCCUGGUAAUGCUCUCAUUCAUACAGUGUGUGUGUGUUAGCGUGUGCAACUGUAAAAGUGUAUGUAUUGUGAGAGAGCGAGACCUAUGGAUGCAUUUGGUUUACGUGUGUUCAUUGCAAUGUGUGUAUGAUUUUAAGUGUGCUUAUCAUGCCGUGUGUGUCCAGCUCCACAGGGUUCUGCAGGUGUCUGUCCUGGUGGUAGAGUUGUUAGAUACAGGCUCGUCAGUCAUGGUCAGUCUGGAGGACGGCUGGGACGUUACUACUCAGGUAUGACAUCAACACACUAACUCACUAAACAUACUCACAAUGCAAACACACACACCUCUCACAGCUAAUGUAGGUCACCUUGUGUGUAUAUAUGUGAUGCAUUGUCUCAACCCUGUCUCUGCCUUUGCUAACGGUCUGUCUGACUGCCUGCUUGUCUCUCUGUCUCCUCACUCCGCUGUUUAGGUAACCUAUAAAUUACAGUCAUCCUAUCUGACUAUCGCACCGACUCUGUGUCUCUCUCUAGGUGGUGUCUCUGGUCCAGCUUCUGUCAGACCCAUACUACCGGACCUUGGAUGGCUUCCGCCUGCUGGUGGAGAAGGAGUGGCUGUCGUUUGGCCACAGGUUCAGUCAUCGCGGUGCCCAGACCUUGGCCAGCCAGAGCAGCGGCUUCACACCUGUCUUCCUGCAGUUUCUCGACUGUGUGCACCAGGUAUGUACGUGUGGGGUUUUGUGAGUACAGGUAUGACAGUAGUGUUAUUAUUACACACAUAGGGAUGUACACUGAGUGUACAAAACAUUUAGGAACACCUUCCUAAUAUUGAGUUGCACCCACUUUUGCCCUCAGAACAGCCUCAAUUUGUCAGGUCAUGGACUCUACAAGGUGUCGAAAGCAUUCCACAGGGAUGCUGGCCCAUGUUGACUCCAAUGCUUCCCACAGUUGUCAAGUUGGCUGGAUGUCCUUUGAGUGGUGGACCAUUCUUGAUAUACACGGGAAACUGUUGAGCAUGAAAAACCCAACAGCGUUGCAGUUCUUGACACACUCAAACCGGUGCGUCUGGCACCUACUACAUACCCCGUUCAAAGGCCCUUAAAUAUUUUGUCUUGCCCAUUCACCCUUUUAAUGGCACACAUACACAAUCCAUGUCUCAAGGCUUAAAAAUCCUUCUUUAACCCGUCUCUUCCCCUUCAUCUACACUGAUUGAAGGUGGAUUUAACAGUUGACACCAAUAAGGGAUCAUAGCUUUCACCUGGUCAGUCUAUGUCAUGGAAAGAGCAGGUGUUCCAAAUGUUUUGUUUUCUCAGUGUAUAUGGGUCGUUCCACGAAAUGAGUGCCUUUUGCGUACCUUUGAUAUUUUACACAAAUAUUUAAUUUGAAAAACCUAUUGUAUUAAAUGAAGAGCCCUUUAAUAUUGAGCACAUGGAAAAUUCAAUAAAUCUGUGCAUCCUCUUUUGACUUCUAGGAAUAUUUUAACCCACUUAAUCACAACAUUUAUCCAAGUUUUCAACAUCAUUGUAAAGCACUAGUUAUUUUGUUACUUUGAUAAAGUCAUUUCUGAAGAUUAAUAUUUAUGUCGUGAUUAGUGAUUCAUUUUAAGGAGGAAAAUAAAGUUCUGUCCUUCAUUUUAAGGCCAACCAUGUUACGUGAACUGAACUCUCGUUUAAAAAUGUUUAUUAAAAAGAAACAUUGAACAUCUAAUAAUAGUGUAAAAGCAGGUGAGCUCAUUCUACUCUGUUUGGCCAUUUUCUGGUGUUUUGUGGUGGAAAACUGAGUGGGUAUAGCAUAACAUGUCAACCCUGUUACCCAUACAAAGACGAUCUAGGAAAUGUUUAAACAAUUUUAAAAAAUUGGCGAAGCUUGCAUUGCCCCUGUCACAAGGGGAUUUAUGGAUGUUUUAAGACUUACUAAAGUCAUUUUUGUAUUUAACCUCUUGAGAAUUGCUCUUUAUAACAAUGUUAAAAUUAGGUGAAAUAAAAAGGUUAAUUUCACUAAGUUACACUACUCAAAAGGCACCUAAUUGGUAGAAUGACCCAUAUCUCACUAGGAUCCUUUCUUUAGUGUUUUUCCUCAUCUUUAAAUAGUCUUCUUCAUGUAAACUAUGUUACAAAGCUCAGCCAAUAACUAUUAACCUGGAUCAAAUAUUUCCAGAAUGUAAUCGGAUGAGUACGCUACGUCCGACCAUCCUGUUAUAUGGAUGUGCUAGAACAGAUUAUUUAAAAGUUUUAACAUUUCUUCAAACCCUCUUUUAACCCUUCAUCCAAACAUUUGUUUGAGAGAGUGCAGUCUGCUGACUCUGUGGCCUUUUCUCAUUUGGGCAAAAGUCUGUCCUAAGUGGUCGAGUGGUACAGGAGCGUGUCAAUUUGAAGGGUAGGCAAAUGGAAUUGUCCUCCCCUCCUUGAAAGCCACCUUUCAUCGAGGAUAGUCUUAUGUAUCCUACCUGAGUUCUUCGCAAAAUAGUUUUGAAAUAUGCCACACCCCCUUUGAAUCAUAUUGUAUUUUUUCAGAGGAGAAAAGCAUAUAUACACGUUUUAGUAGCAUAUUGUUUUUAUCUAUAAAAUGUCUUGCACAACUAGAUACAUUUGUUUAAUCACUUUACACAUUUAUUUUGGGAUUCCAGCCCUGUAAAUGGAGUGGAGGAGAGUCUAAUUUCAUACAAGCGCAUUUUCGUCCACGUUCCUUCUCCUCACCGCCUCUCCUCGAUUACCUUUGACCUUUUUCAAAAGGAGGCGAGAGAGGACACAGGAGUUUAGCAAAUCUAAUUGAGAAAAGGCCAGUGAAUGUUUGACGAUCAGGAAGUUGAGCAGUAAACACAGGAAGUGCAACUGACGUGUUACCUUAAAUCCUGUCCCCCCUCCUCAGAUCCACCUUCAGUUCCCCAUGGAGUUUGAGUUCAGUCAGUACUACCUGAAGUUCCUGGCCUACCACUACGUGUCCAACCGCUUCAGAACCUUCCUGCUCGACUCGGACUACGAACGCAUCGAGCUCGGUGAGCCUUUUCUCCAUUCUACAGGGCAGGAGUUUUUCCUUAUCACAUGACCUAUCUCCAGAUUCAGGUUACAUGGUUAGGAGAAACUCCAGACCCCAUAGAUACUAUCUGAAUUCUUAUAAGUAGGUUAUUUCAGUACACUUUGAGGUAUUUAAGUGUAACUUGUAUGCCAGUUGAGUGAUUGGAGUGGGUUCAGUGAGUUGAUAAACCUUCCGUCUGUGUUAAGGGGUUCUGUACGAGGAGAAGGGGGAGAGGAAGAACCCACAGGUGUGUAAGUCAGUGUGGGAUUACAUCGACCGGCUCAACAAGAAAACACCUAUCUUCUUCAACUACAUGUUCUCACCAGAGGAUGAGGAGGUGAGUGAGCCUGGAACACUACUGGGUUACGUUAGACUGCCCCCUGGUGGGGAAGUUUACAGAAAAUUCAAGGGGAGGUUUAGUUUUACGAUCUUAGACUUGACUUAAGAUAUACUAGCUGAUAUUGUAGUUAGAAUUAUUACUUUUAAUCACAUAAAUGAUGCACGAUUAGUGGUAACAAAAAAAUCCAUGUGGUCAUUUACUAGCUAAAUCCCUCAAUGUGUUUUUACAAUUUUCUCCCCCCAGGUGUUGCGGCCGUACAGCUUCAUCUCCAACCUGAAGGUGUGGGACUUCUACACAGAGGAGACGCUGUCUGAGGGCCCGUCGUACGACUGGGAGCUGGUGCAGAGGGGCCGGCAGGAGAGACUGGCUGAGGAGGUGCCUGACAAACCAGACACCACCACCCCCAAGUCCCAGAGACACAUCGUCUGGCCCUGCUACGACAGCCGCAGCAGAGUGGUACCCGACGCCAUCACCAAACUGCUGCAGGUUAGUGGAGAUAUACUUACACACAUUACAUACCAUCACCAUACUGCAGUAGUCCCUGUAUAACCCUAACUUUUUGUAUAAAUGCUUAUACAUGAAUCUGACUUGCUCUGUGUAUUCUGUCCUAGGACCUGCAGAGUCUGGAGGCUGAGUUGGGGCUGCCACCAGAGAAAUGGAAGGACACUUGGGACAAGAUCAAGGCCAACCAACGGGGCGAGGCCAAGCUGGAGAACAGGGUGAGAAACGCUGGACAACCAGCAGCUAACCUAGGGUUUCACUGGCUAUUAGGAUACCAUCCUGCUGACACUUUUUGAAGAUUAUUUGAAAAUAACUUUUUGUAGAUUUAUAGUAAUGUGUUCUACUGACCUCUAGUGGUAAGAUGAUAGAAACGCUACUUUGUGUUUUAUUGAAUAGAUUAGUCCUGCCUAACACACAAUAUCCUCCUCUGUUUUUUCUUGCUCUUCCUCCGUUCUCUCGCUCUUUCAGCCGUCGUUCAACAGCUCCUUGCUGAUGUCGUCCAACCUGAGUCACCAGCGGCGGUCACAGGGGGUGUACCUUCCGGAGAGUGGAGUGGGCUCCUCUAUUAACCUUUCCAUGGACUGUGAGGCCAGCACCACCUCCACCCCUGUGGCCGGGCGUCCCAGCACCAGCACCCUUUACAGCCAGUUCCAGAGCACGGAGAGUGAGAACAGGUCUGUACCCACUCCCCAGACACCUGAAUGUGGCCUCCUACCCUCAUCUCUGCCCCAGCAACACAUUACCCCUCAGUGUGUUACGAUAGUGGCUGACUGUGUUUCUUCUACCUUUGACCCCCAGGAGUUUUGAGGGCAUCCUGUAUAAGAAAGGUGCGUUGCUGAAGCCAUGGAAACCCCGCUGGUUUGUGCUGGACAAGACCAAACAUCAGGUAAGAGGAGGGAGGUGGACCAUGAUACUGAUGGUGAUUGUUACUGUGGUGGUGGUGGUGGUGGUGGUGAUGAUGGUGAUAAUCUCUCUGUCUAGCUGAGAUACUAUGAGACCAGGAAGGACAAGGACUGUAAGGGGGUGAUUGAGCUGGCGGAGGUGGAGUCUGUCAUUCCAGCCACGCCCACCAUGGGAGCGCCCAAACACAUAGAGGAGAAAGCCUUCUUUGAUGUGAGUUACCAGAGCCCUCAGAGUGAUGGUUUUUAUGAGUGUGUAUUGUGACAUGUUCUGUCAUGUUAUGAUCAGUGAAUGCAUUUCCUAAAUGACUCAAAUGUAAAUGUAAAAGGGAAAUCUAUGCGGUAACAUAAGAAAGAUCAAACAGGCUUAACCAUCUCUCAUUCUCUUUCUAUGGCAGCUCAAGACGACCAAAAGAGUAUAUAACUUCUGUGCGCAGGACAGCCCCAACACACAGCUGUGGAUGGACAGUAUUCAGAGUUGCCUCUCUGAUGCCUAGAGAGCUGCACGGCUCCACCAUAACAGGAACUAUCCAACCAGGAACCAAUGAGCAGUGCUGAGGCACCCGAUGGACAUCUCUGCUGGCCAAUCACAGGAGGUCCUCUCAAGGAGGCGGGAUUGAGACAUAUGAGGGUAGAGUCCUUUCCACAGUUGAGUGCCGUUCAGUGUCUGUAGUAGUGUUGAACUGAUGUCAUGUUUCAGUGUUUUUGUUAUAAAAAUGAAAGGAAAUGAAAACGAAAGGAAGAGAAGUCCCUGAAUGACCACUCGCUUUUGUCUCACCGUGUUGCUGGCUGCAGCCUCUCACCUUGGUAGAUCUACCACUAUUUGCGCUGGAUGUCUAUGCAAAAUGGAGCUAAAAGAAAAAAAGCAUGAUAUAGUUUGUUGUGUGAAGAUGGACAGUUUCUCACCAGACUAAUCUAACUGGGGCCUCCAGCAUGCAGAUGUAUCCAGACCCUCCCAUCUCCUAGAGACUACAACUCCCAUUCCUCCACACACCUCAACACUCCAGGGAGGAAGUAAUGAUGAACUACAUUAUCCAGCCCAUGUCUCCAGCCCAGCCAUGCAGAGGUUCCUGCCUGUAGACCAUGAAUACAGGAAGUGAAUUGGAGUGUUUCCUUUAACAACAGAACACAGAAUCGGCCACUUUGAAAAGGAUCCAGAACGUGACGACAAACGAAACCGGCCCCAACUGACGCUGGACAGUCGUCAUGGUCACCUGCUAGCUGACGUUGAAGCCUCCCCUGUUUCCCCCCUCUCACUGCCUGAUGUAGCUGAGUCUCACCCCAGUAAGGAGUUGGACACUCAUAGAUCCCCUCUCCUCUAAGAUGUUUCUUAUUCCCCAGACACACCGCCAAGGGAGCCCUCAACGGUUUAUGAAGGAUUUAAACCUUUAAAAAAAUUUUUUUUACAGCUUAUCUGCAAAAAAAAUUGGGUCACUCAAAAUUGUGUCAGAGAUAUCAGUCCUCCUAGUUAUCACCCCCAGAGCAGUUGAUGGUGAUAUACUGUGAAAGCUGUUAUUAGCCCUCGUGAUCAAGCCAGGAAAAUGGCAGUCGGAGAUUAGAUUCUACAUCCGCCGGACAGGGAGUCUGUCUCUGUUUGCAGAACAAUAUUAGUGUUUACACAAGAAGCUAUGGGCUGUACUUCCCAAGCUAAAGUUCUUCCUUUAUAUUUCUUAUUAAAAAAACAAAUAAAAACCACUAUUACCGUUGAAAAUGUUAAGGGAUGCUGAAGGAACAGGAGGGAUAUAUUUUUGUGAAGAUUAAUUUAUGCACAAAAUGAUAAGACAAAAAGUUAAAAGGUGUGAGAUGCAGAUGGAUGGGGCUUGUGGGCAGAGCAGAGGGGAUUAUGGUAUGGAUGACUAGUCUGUUUACAUGGCACAGUGCUGAGACUGGAUCUGACUGCCAUGACAACUAACAUGGCAGACUUCCUGGAUACGACCCCCCUCCCCCUCUGUUUAUAUGGUCAGGUUUAAUAUAGGACAAAUGGUAUUUCAGUUAUACAAGUGCCAGUGGAUUUUAACAUGUGACAAGUAUUAGACUGUUGGAUUGGAAUGUGCUCUAAACAAGUAAAAACAACCGAUUUUUUUUUCCAGGUAAUACAGUUCUUAACCAGCCGAGGUGGUGUUCAAGGCACUUAGAAUAAUUCAAAUUCACACAUUUUAACCAAAUCCCCAACAACAAUAAUUACGCAGCCAAUUAAUUGCAUUGAAAGUCUCAAAAGCAUGUGUCCGAACAUAAGAUAUCACUCUCUGUGCUAUGUUUACCUACUCAGCCUUUGUUUGGUGGUCUGUGGCACAGUUUGGCUUCUGAACAACUGCAUUUGUGUGAACAGUAAAACUUCAGCGAGUCCCAACUCUCUCGCGGCUGCUCUUCUGUCUAAACCAGUGUUUUUAGCUAGAGCCUGUUACAUUCUAUUCUUAAGCCUGUACAUAUAGGAGUCAAUGUCUGUUGUAGAGAAAUAAUAUGUUUAGCUGGAAUUUGUGAUUAAAUCACUUGUUUUUUUUAU